CUGGGAUUGUACACAGUAAAUGCAGUAUAUGGAGAUACUAUUACUAUGCCUUGUCGUCUAGAAGUACCAGAUGGUCUUAUGUUUGGAAAAUGGAAAUAUGAAAUGCCAAAUGGAUCUCCAGUAUUUAUUGCCUUCAGAUCAUCGACAAAAAAAAAUGUACAGUAUGAUGAUGUACCAGACUACAAAGACAGGUUGAGUCUCUCAGAAAACUACACGUUAUCCAUCAAGGAUGCAAGAAUUAGUGAUGAAAAGAGAUUUGUAUGCAUGCUAGUUACAGAAGAUGAUGUUUCUGAAGAGCCAACGAUAGUCAAAGUCUUCAAACAACCUUCUCAACCAGAAAUCUUACAUCAAGCAGACUUCUUAGAAACAGAGAAGCUACAAAUGCUCGGGGAGUGUGUUUCAAGAGAGAGUUAUCCCGAAGGCAAUGUUACGUGGUACAAAAAUGGGAGAGUUUUGCAGUCUGUGGAAGAAGCUGUGGUCAUAAAUUUGCAAAAGAUUGUGGACAAAUCAACUGGACUCUUCACCAUGACAUCAUCUCUUCAGUACAUGCCAACAAAGGAAGAUGCAAAUGCCAAGUUUUCAUGCAUUGUGACAUAUUAUGGACCAUCUGGCCAGAAAACAAUACAGUCUGAACCAGUUGUCUUCGAUGUUCACUAUCCAACAGAGAAGGUGACUAUUCAAGUGCUGUCACAUCGUACCAUUAAAGAAGGCGAUAACAUCACUUUGAAGUGCUCGGGAAAUGGCAACCCUCCUCCACAGGAGUUCCUGUUUUACAUUCCAGGAGAAACAGAAGGUAUAAGAAGCUCAGAUACUUACAUAAUGACAGAUGUGAGACGAAAUGCAACAGGAGAAUACAGGUGCUCUCUGACAGACAAAAGCAUGAUGGACUCGACCACCAUCACUGUACACUAUUUGGAUUUGCAGCUUACUCCUAGCGGGGAAGUCACAAAACAGAUUGGAGAGGCCCUGCCUGUGUCAUGCACAAUUUCUUCUAGCAGAAAUGCAACUGUGUUUUGGAUAAAGGACAAUACCAGAAUGCAAACAAGUCCAUCAUUUUCAAGUCUUCAGUAUCAAGAUGCUGGAAACUACAUCUGCGAAACUGCUCUACAGGAGGUAGAAGGGUUAAAGAAAAGAAAGACACUUAAACUUAUUGUGGAAGGAAAACCUCAAAUCAAAAUGACAAAGAAAACUAACACAAAUAAAAUGUCAAAAACAAUUGUCUGCCAUGUGGAAGGCUUCCCCAAACCAGCAGUGCAAUGGACAGUUACUGGCAGCGGCAGCAUCAUAAAUAAAACAGAGGAGACAAAAUACGUUAAUGGGAAAUUUUCCAGUAAAAUUGUAAUUUCUCCUGAGGAAAAUGUGACCUUAACUUGCAUUGCAGAAAAUCAGCUAGAAAGGACUGUGACCUCCCUGAAUGUUUCUGCUAUAAGUAUUCCAGAAUAUGAUGAGCCAGAGGAUAGAAAUGAUGACAAUAGCGAAAAGGUUAAUGACCAGGCAAAGCUAAUAGUGGGGAUUGUAGUCGGUCUUCUGCUGGUUGCUCUGGUUGCAGGUGUUGUCUACUGGCUCUAUGUGAAGAAAUCAAAGACAGCAUCAAAACAUGUAGACAAAGAUCUUGGAAAUAUAGAAGAAAACAAAAAACUAGAAGAAAACAAUCAUAAAUCUGAAACUUAAGAGAAAUGUGUCAGUCAUCAUUCCAGAGAAUACAUAUAGACCAAUUGAAGCAUGAACGUGGAUUGUAUUUAAGCAUAUACAAAGAAGUGACAGCUAUUCAUGGUUCAUACUACCAAGUUUUCAAAGGAUUUUAGACAAUUAUCUCAAGCUAAAAAAACCCACAAACUAAUUUUGGCAACAGCCAUGAUAAUAGGUCACCAUCUUGUGUUCUGUUUCAAAUAUUUUUUUGUAAAUGUCUGCACUGAAGAUUUCUUUUCAUUUGCCUUUAUGUAAAUUUUUUACGUAGCUAUUUUUAUACACUGUAAGGCUUUGUUCUGGGAGUUGCUGUUAAUCUGAUGUAUAGUGUAAUGGAUUUAUUUCAAUUGUUUUUAUGACACCCUUUGAGCAGGUACAUGUCUAAUUCUGAUUGUUAUCAGUGAAGCCUUUGCUUUGUAGAAAGUACCUAGAGUGUAAGACAGUCUUAAAGGAAAAUGUCAAGCUCCUUUUUCAUUCUUUGAAAUCGCAGUAAAGAGGAAAGGUGACAGCUGUGACAAGAAUAAACUAAAUUGUUAAUGAAAGUAAACGUUUAAAAAACCAUGCAAAGCUAAACAGCCAGAAAGAGGAUAAAGAGUUUCCACGGAGAUGUCUGGGUAUUGAGCAAGGAACACUAUGAAAAAUUCCUAGCCUACGUACAGACAGUGGCUAAUGAUCCUUUUCUUCUAGAGCAAGACACACAUGUUAUUGAUGCGUUAUCAGUCGCCUUUCAUGUUAGAAUUAGGAUAAGGAACUGGAAUUCUGGAUUACUUUUGAUUCCUUUAUGUUAUCCGCUGCCUUAAAGUACUGUACCUUUUCUUCAUUUCAAAAAGAUACCAGUCAGAAUUGGAAACUUUUUUUAAAAAGUGGUCAUAUCAAAGCUGCAUUUUUUUUCCACAAAAAUAGAAUAUAUAUAUAUAUAUUUUUUGUGUGUUUUUGUUAACUAUGCUACAGAUAUUGAAUGCACCUUGAGAUAAUUUUAGUGUUUUUAACUGGUACCUAAUUUAUCAAACAGUACAUAUAAUAGUAACAAUGAAAUGUCUAUGUAUCUUUAGUUACAUUCAAGUUUGUAACUUUAUAAACAUGUUUUAUGCUUGAGGGAAUUUUUAGAAUGGUACUGAUAAGAAAGUGCUUUAGGGUAAAUGGCCAAUAGGAAGUUGUAUUUAAGGGAGAGAAGUUUCAUCUAGUGCAGAAGGUUAGUUUCCAGGAGAAAGUAACAGGCAGCUUUGAUGAAGAGGAACAGUAGAGUAAGCAGAACAUCAGGUUUCCAUUGACAAAUAUGCAGGGAAAAAGUAAGUUUUUAUAGACUGGUAGGCAUAAAUAAAUAAAUAAAAUAAAUAAAAAGAAAAAGAUGGACGUUAGGAUAUGUAUUUUGCCACUUUUGCAUUAUUUAGGGGGACGAAAACACUGUUACUUGUAAAUUUGUAAAAUGUUACAUGUCUGGGCAGUAGUGACUGAUGUCUUAAUAAAAGCUUCCUGUAGUGCAUUGGCAUGGAUUAAAUACAUAAGAUGUCCUAUAAACUCUAUGCUGUAUAAAAUCUUAGAGGGAAAUCCUGUUAUAUGCCUCUAAACUUUGAUUUGUUACUGUUUUAUUUGGCA